AUGCACAAGAGAAGUCACACGAUCGUUAGACUUCCAGUGCACUUGGAAGACCGACAGACCGUCUACUUUGCUCCUGGACAAGCCCAACAGCGAGUACAGAACGAUGACCAACGUCGUACAAAAUUGACAGAGUUCUUCACGCUCAACACAAACGACGUGGAGGCAAGGCAGUACCUCUAUCACGAGAUACCGGUGCACUACACGUGGCAUCAGGCACAGAGAAGGUGGGUGCGGCGACAAAGACGGAUGACCAACGAAACGUUGGCUCGGAUGUACGUCGUCAACCCACUCGACCGUGACCGGUUCCACCUGCGACUGUUACUUUUGCACCGGAGAGGCUCGCAGUCUUUCCGGGACAUGAGGACAGUCGACGGGGUGGUGCACGAGAGCUACGGGGCUGCCGCCAUAGCGUUGGGACUCUUGGAGUCCGACCGCGCAUGGCUGGUAUGCAUGGAAGAGUCUGCGGCGUUAGACACUCCCCGACAGCUCCGGUAUCUCUUCGUAACGAUAUUGGUGAUGUGCCAUCCAGCGGAACCGCUGGCCUUGUUCCAAGCCAACGAGGCCAGCAUGAUGGAAGAUUUCAAUCGGCGUUUCCAAGACUUGGACCGUGCCAGAGCGACAAGUCUUGACGCCAUUGGAGACCUACUUCGUGCACACGGAAAAACGCUCGGCGACUACGGGUUGCCAAACCCGGACGUCGGUUUAUUGGAACCCGAACAGGACGACCAACUGUUUGUGGCAAUAGACGUGGCGUUGCGGUGA